CUCUUCACAGAUGAAGAUGAAUCUUUUGGGCUUAUCCAACCAACACUUAUCCAGCAGAUUAAGAAGAUCUUGGACGAGUAUCCAGAUGAUGGACAGAUUCUCAAAGAACUUAUUCAAAAUGCAGAGGAUGCUGGUGCAAGCGAAAUGAAAUUUUUAAUAGACCACCAUUAUUAUGAAACAACAAAUCUACAAUACCCAGAGCUGAAAAAGUUUCAGGGUCCUGCUCUUUAUGCGUAUAAUAAUGCCAAGUUCACUGAAGGUGACUGGAAAGGAUUGGGAAUGCUAUGUGACAGCAUUAAAGUUAAAGAUCCCACAAAAGUUGGUCGCUUUGGUCUUGGAUUUAAAUCUGUAUUUCACAUGACAGAUCUUCCCAGUGUUGUAAGUGGUAAAAGUUUGGGGAUAAUUGACCCACAUGAAAAGUGCUUCAGUAAUGAAAGUGGAAGAACAUCAGGAAUGCGUGUCAAGUUGAAUGRUCCWAUAACGUGCAAAAAUGAGUUCGCCCCGUACAAAAACGUGUUUGACUGCACCCASGAUACUUUCCAGAGAGGUUUCUACGAUGGCACCUUGUUUCGGUUGCCAUUCAGACAGCAAACGUCAAAACUAUCUAACACCCUAUACUCUGACGACGAAAAGAUUCAAGGUUUGUUCGAAAGCUUUAAAAGUGACGCCCAUUUGAUUUUGCUCUUCUUGAUGAAUCUGGAGCGCAUUGAGAUUUACGAGAGGAAGCCUGGCGUUCAAGAUGCAGAGAAACUAUUCUCGGUUGCUCUUUCCAAAGAUUGUAAGGCUAGCGUGCAAGCAGCGAGAUGUAGUUUCAGGGCAAAGAUGGACCAGAAGACAUCUGAUGACGUAACUCAAACUUACGUUGUUAAAAUCGAAACUUUAGACUGUCAAUCGGGAAAAAGCAGCAAGUAUUCUUAUGCCGUUACUCACUUUCUAAACAGAGAUAAGCUGUCYAGUAAAAUGGAAGAACUGGUGAAAGAUGAGUCACUCAGCUACAUGCCACGUGUUGGUGUUGCUUUUCCACUAAAUAACGUUGACGAAGUUAGAGAGCCUUCCGGACACGUGUUUUGCUUUCUACCACUGCCUUUAGAAGACAAAAGUCUAACUGGUCUUCCUGUCCAUGUCAAUGGUUUUUUUGCACUUAGCCAGAAUCGUCGCCACCUGAAAUGGCGAAGCGCUGACCAGAAAUGUAGUACAGAUAAGUCAUUGGAUUGGAAUGAAGGUCUUUUGGCUGAAGUUUUACCAAAGGCUUAUGCGGAACUGGUCUUUUACCUGAUUUUUGAAAGAAUGCUGCAAGACGUCGUUUAUUCUGCAUGGCCUGACGUGAGCAGAGUUAAUGCAAAAUGGAGCGGAGUUUUCUUGAAGAAUUUCUUUACUUUAUUAUUCACUUUAUGUGAGCUUUUGUGCAGCGAUUUAGAUGGAGGAUGUUGGUGCAGCCUGAAAGAUGUCAGAUUCGAUAACAUUUCCAGACACUCUGACACACGAGAUUCGGUGAUCAAGCUGCUAAAUGACGUUGGUCACAAGAUCGUUACGGUACCCAACCAUGUACAACUUGCUUUGAAAAUGUAUUAUUCUGGCAAUUUCAAGGAGAUUACUCCAAGUUUGGUGAGGAAAAGUCUAAAGAAUAAUUCUUUGCAUUACAUCGUUCUCUCAAGAGAGAAAAAGCUGUUUCUUCUAAAGUACAUCUUAAGCGAUUCCAAAUUCAAACAACUUGAAGGUCUCCAUCUUCUCCCGUUAUCAACAAAGGAGUUCACUAAAUUCAACAGCAAAUGCUCUGAUGUCAUCUAUAUCGACUCUCCUGAGCACCCAAGAUCGCUGCUCCCUGGAAUGGAUGCAAUGUUCCUUGACACAGAUGUAGAUGAUUAUAUAAAGAAUCAGCUGAGAAUUGCCGCUCGAGAAGGCUGUGCUCAGCUGUGUCAUUUUGGUAAGAUUGGUUUAAAGAAGCAUCUCCGCAAAGCAUUACCCGCUGAUUGGACGUCAAGUGAAGUCAAGUCAAGUGGACACGUAGAAUGGUAUCCAGGACAUGGACAGCACCCACCAAGAUCUUGGCUGGAGAACAUGUGGCGAUACUUAAUCAAACACUUUAAUGGUAACAACGACCUGGACGAAUUUCUUGGCAUUCCCUUGAUACCAUUACAAGAUACAUCAUCGACAAAGAAAAGAGCGAAAAACCGUGUGAAAUUGGCUUGCAUACAGAAGCCCUCCACUCUGCUUUUAUCGAAUUUCCAUCGCGAUCAGCUUGAAAAAUCAGUUUUAGAGAAGGUGAGCGCUUUUGGAGUAACUGUCGUGGAGAGCUUGCCAGAGUUUGUAAUAAGUCAUCGUAGUCUUGUACCCUACUACAUCAACCCACCAAGACCUAGAGGCGUUUUAACAGCACUAUUUAUGGUUUUUCGAUAUGACCCUAGAUGUAUGUCCUUAGAUGUAAGAGCUUUGAGAAAGUUGUUUUCUCAAAUAAGCUCCCCCACAGCUUCAGAAAUCAAUUUUCUUAAAAAGCUGAAGUUAUUUGACACGUGUUGCCAUCCAGCGCUCGCCGUUCCAUCACGUCCAGUCACAGUAAUAGAAGUUCCCAAAGGUGCACCAUUGAAUGAUUUGCCUCCUGUAAGAUGGUGCUUUGAAAUGAUUGAUGUCCGUGAUAACAGUAGUAGAACGCUUGGAGAAAUGCUUGGGAUUGAGCCUAUGGACCUUGCAGUUCUAGUGAAGAAGAUGCUUGAAGAUGCUUGGAGCGGAAAGUAUUCCAAUAAAGAAAUUGACGAUCUGGUCAAAUACACUAUGGAUCAUUUCAGGGUUUUCAGCAGAAUAGUUUCCAAUGAAAUAAAACACUUACUAGCUACAAUUCCAUUUGUUACGUCGUACAAUAACACUAGGAAGAAGCCAGCAGAGCUGUUUGAUCCUCAAGACAACAUCGUUACCGAGAUGUUUCUGUAUGAGCCUGAUAAAUUUCCAAAAGCCGGUUGUUACUAUUCAAAGCCCUUUGUCCUUCACCGCUUGAAAGAUUUGGGUCUCAAGGCAAGAGAAGACGUACGUCCUCAAGAUAUCCUUAGCAGUGCUAAAAUGGUUAAUCAAAUUGGUAGUUUGCAAAAAUCUGUAAAGAAAUCGACAGCUAUUCUUCGCCAUCUGGAUAAAAAUCCAACACUGCUCAAGGCUCCCCUUCUUUACGAGCUUUAUUCCAUUCCCUGGAUACCCGUUGUAAGUGAGAGGUCAGAAAGUUACCCUUGUACUUUAAAGCUUAAUGUCCAUGACGGUCUUGCGUGUCCCGAGGAGGUCACGUCCGUAAGAUAUCAACUGCUGGUGGGCAGCAUCAAUCCUCUAGUGGACGACACCAGUGCGGCUGAUAUUUCUCGGAAUUUUGGUUGGAACAGAGCACCAUCAAUAUAUGAUGUCAUCGCUCAUCUUAAAAAUGUCAUCUCGUCUUAUCACGAAGAAGAGAAAAACACGUAUGUCAUCGUCAUCAAAGAAGUUUAUCGAUAUCUCGCUGGACAAAACGUUUCUGAUGUGAUAGUUGUACUUAAUGAAGAACGAAUUCAUCAAUGGAUAUGGAAUGGUAACGGCUUCUCCUCUGUAGAUGAAAUGAUUGAAACCCAUGAGGUGAUGAAUUUACAACCAUAUCUGUACCCGUUGCCAAUGGAAGUAAGAGAAUUCACAUCAUUUUUCAAUGAAUGUGGGAUGAAGCAUGAGCCUGAUAGCUAUCUACUUCUAAACGUUUUACAAAGGAUAAACGAAAGUCAUUUAAAUUGUUCUUCCAAGCCACAGAAUGAAGUCAGACGUGACUUGCGCUACUGUAUUCAAAUACUCGAUGCACUAAAGCCUAAAGAUGGGGAAACACUUGAUGAUGAGAUUCGAGCAAGACUUCUUGUCCCAGUAGAUGUUGAGGAAGAGACGUGGCUGGAGUUGGCUUUGAUAGAAGAGUGUACUUACUGUGAUCGAGAAUGGCUGCAGAAAGGCCACGAAGUCUCUGACGUUGAUGAAACGGAUGAUGAGAAAAUCAAGUUUGUUCAUCGCAAUAUUUCCAAUGCSACAGCAGAAAUYUUAAAGGUGCCUACUUUGAUGAGUCGAAUACUCGAUGCAGAUGAGCUUGAAAUGGGUGAAAGUUUUGGACAGUCAGAAUCUUUGCUUGACCGCCUUAAAGGAUUGCUUGAAGGAUACACCGAUGGCCUAUCCGUUCCUAAAGAGCUAAUACAAAACGCUGAUGAUGCUGGAGCUACAGAAGUACGAUUUCUUUACGACGAACGAACAAAUGACAAUGCCAUGACAAAUUUGAUUGAUGAAGGUAUGAAAGAGUGCCAGGGACCUGCUCUCUGGACAUACAACAAUGCCAUCUUCACUGAAGAAGAUUUUCAAAACGUUGUAAAAUUGAAUGCUGCCACAAAAGAAUACAACACUAGCAAGAUCGGACGAUUUGGCCUUGGAUUCAACUCUGUGUAUAAUUGUAUAAGUCCUGUAGCUGGAGCUGCUGCCAAACUAGAAAUGAUGUCGUGUGGUAAGGUUAUUCCAUUAACAUUGAUGCAAAAACUCGACGAUGUAACAAUUGGAGGUGGAAAAGUGUUUUGCUUCCUUCCUCUUCCUAUUCAUAGCGGUCUUCCUGUCCACAUUAAUGGAUGCUUUGCAGUAGACGACAGUAGACGUCAUUUACGUGAGCGUACAGAAGACGACAAAUCAGACCAUGGGGCAGAGUGGAACCAGGAGUUAAUGAGUCAGGUCAUUGUACAAGCAUUCCUUGGUCUACUUCAAGAUGCUAAGAGCAACUUUUCAGACGAGAAAUAUCACUUUCACACGCUCUGGCCCACAAUCAGCAAUUUAAAACCACAGUGGCAUCAUUUUGUCAAGUCUUUCUAUAAAGCCUUAUGCUCUCACGAGAAAGACCUUGAAUUAUUUACAGAUGGCAAGACAUGGUCGAGUAUUGAUAACAUUGCCUUUCUGGAUCCGUCUUUUAAAGAUGAUGACGAGAUUGGAAGUGUUGCUUUUGACGUAUUCAAAGCCGUUUCACCUGAAUCAAAGGUCAUUAUUGACAUGCCAGGAGCUGUUUUUCAUACAUUUGAAUAUUAUGGUCUUGGUCCCUCCCUGCAGAAGUGCUGUUUUGACAAAGAACGUUUUUUUCGGGAAGUGGUGUUCCCUUUUCUUGAACUAAUAGAAGAACAACAAAGAAACGCGCUCGUUUUAUAUGCUCUUGAUGAUCAAGAUCUUCAAUCUCUAGUACGAGAACACCGCUGCAUACCCUCUUCGCUGUCUGGGAAUCAUUUAAAGUACCCUAAAGAAUUGAUUCAUCCCAACGGUAGUGCAGCUCGCUUGUACGAGCCAGACGAUGGUAAGUUUCCUUUCGGGGCGUUUUCAACUGAGGGACGUCUACUUAAACUUAAAAGUCUGGGUAUGCGUGAAGAUGAGCAAGAAUGGGAGGAAAUCCUUGAGAGAGCUCAAAGUGUUCAAGGUCAGCGUUGCUAUGAACAAUCUAUUCAAAGGACAAAGUUCUUGCUAGAGUUCAUUGGAAAAAAGCUUAAGCAAAAUGAUCAAAGUGAUUCCUGUGGUAUUAGGUCAAGCUUGCAACAUACAUGUUUUCUUCCCAUUCUGCAAAAACCUCAGAGUUUCCCUUUUCGAUGGAAGGGGAAUGAAUAUCAGCAGACAACCUUCCUUUCAGCAGCCGAACUCUAUCCCAAAGAGUUGAAGUACUUAGUAAGUGCGUCUGUGCCGAUUCUAGAUGAUAGAAAAGUUAAUGUUUGUUCAGAAGUUCGAAGAUUUCUGGCUAUAUCGAAGAAUGUAAAACUCAACCAAGCCAAAAUACAGCUACAGAAUGUCAUUGAAGUUAAAGAAUCUGAAGGAGAGAAUGUUAUCAAAGAAGUGGAAAAAGCUUGUGAGAAACUCUACGAAUAUUUCCAACGUGUACUGUCUGAUAAAGAUGAAGCAGUUAUAAGUUUUUUAAAGCCAAUGAAGUUUAUCUUGGUCGGCUCUCACUUUCUAUCAGCAAGCCAGAUGGCAUUUCAUGGUACAUUGAUAUUUCCACCAUAUCUAUCCAAAUUGCCUUCAGAUUGGAUGAAGUUUUUUGAGUUAUUUAAAUUACUCGGAGCACAUGAAGCCUUUGAAAUUGGUGAUUACGUUGCUGCCCUGGCAAAGGUUAAAGAUGACUAUGGUGACAAAGCAGUAGAUGACGAUGUUAUCGAGAAAGUUGUUUCUAUGUUACAUUUGCUAUGUAAAUCCAUGGAAGUAAAACAAGUUUUAUAUGACGAUGUGUUGGAUGAGCAUGGGAAGAUUUUUUUGCCUGAUUCUGAUAGAAUAAUGAAGCCAUCCGCUGACGUAUGCGUAAAGGACUGCAUUUGGAUGCCUGACGAAGCCGAUAUAACGUAUGCAAGUGAACGCAUUCCAUUAAAGAUUUCCAUUGCACUCGGAGUGAAGACAAGAAGACAGGAGACCUUUUCUAGAUUUGCGAUUGGYAURCCAUUUGGACAGAAGGAAAAGCUGACAAACAGACUGAAACGAAUUCUAACUGGUUAUCCUUGUGAUGGCUCAAUUAUGAAAGAGCUUCUUCAGAACGCGGACGAUGCAAAAGCAACCAAGAUAUGCUUUAUUAAAGAUCCACGCCAUCACGCUAGCGAAAAAGUGUUUGAAGAAAGCUGGAAACCCCUUCAAGGGCCUGCGUUGUGUGUUUAUAAUGACGCUCCAUUUACCAAUCGUGACAUCGAGGGAAUACAAAGUCUUGGUGARGGWAGCAAAGGAGAUGAUCCAAACAAGACUGGACAGUAUGGUGUGGGUUUUAAUGCGGUUUAUCACUUGACUGAUGUACCUUCUUUCCUCUCGAAAGGAAAGGAAAUUGGAGAGGUAAUGUGUGCAUUUGACCCUAAUUUUCAGUACGUUCCUUCUGCUACCUCUGAAAGUCCUGGAAUAAAAAUCGACAAACUUGACGUUCUAAGGAAAACCUUUACGGAUGUAUGGCCAUGUUACCUAGAGCAUCAUUUUCCUAUUGAGAAUGGGACGAUGUUCAGAUUUCCACUUCGCAAUGAGGAGAUGGCUGAAAAAUCCAAGAUCAGCCGGAGAGAAGUGACGUUUGAAAGGCUUACCUCUUUGGUGAAUGAUUUCCAGAAAGAGCUACUUGAAGCAUUACUUUUUGUUAAUCAUGUAAAAGAAAUCUCGAUUCACGAAGUUGACAAAGAUAAUGGGAGUAUUCAAAUGACAUAUCAAGUCARAUCACACAUAUCUGAAGMCGAUGAAAAGAAGCGACAAGAGUUUUCUAAUGAUGUCAAAUCAAUCGGAAAGCAAUUGCAAAGUGGAAAAAUAUCAUUUAGCGAAAUUCCAGUACGUAAAGUUUCCUAUAUCCUCCAUCUUGAAGAUAGYCAUGGUGUUCGUCAAAAGUGGCUGGUUGUGCAACAAAUUGGAUACGAGUGCAACAAAGAUAUAUGUCAUGAGGAAGGUGUUGUUAAAGCUUUUAAGCAAGGGGAACUAGGCCUUCUUCCCCGUGGCGGUGUAGCAACUUUGAUUAAUUCUUCAAAUGACAAACCUYCAGGGAAAGCAUUUUGCUUUCUUCCUCUCCCUUUCGUAACAGGGUUGCCYGUUCAUAUCAACGGCCAUUUUGCUCUUGACCAUGAAGCGAGGCGUAAUCUGUGGAGAAGCGAAACAUCUGAUUAUCGUAGCAAAUGGAACGAGAUCCUUCUAAAGCAAGUGGUUGCUCCUUGCUAUGUUCUAAUGCUGGAGGAGAUCAGGGGAUUUAUCAAUUUGCCAGUACGAUGUAACCAGACUGUGCUUAAAGGAAGCCGAAAGGAAAUGGAGUGUUUUCUUGAAAACUAUGCCAGCUUGUUUCCUUCGUUAGAAUUGAAAGAAUCUUACUGGGUCAUCCUAGCAAAAAGUGUGUAUCGUCAUUUGAGUAUGCAAGAAUGUCACGUUCUUCCAGUUUUACGUUACAGCAGUGUAUGUAGAGAUGAGUCGCAGGGUGAAGGAAGAAUUGAAUGGUUGCCACCAACAGGACAAGGCGAAGAGAAGGUAUUUUUUGAUGAUAUGAAGCCCUUCAAGAACAAAGCAGAUGGUGAAAGCAUAGAUAACAAACUAAAGGAAUAUUUUGUCUUAAGAGACACCUUACUUGCUGUGGGAUUGAACUUGCUUCACAUGCCAAUGGCCCACUAUGAUUUCUUUGUUGAUUCUGAGGUAAGCGUUAAUCGAAUUUCUCCAAAGGAACUAUUGGCGUUCUUCCACAGCUACGGUGGUCCCUCCGUUUUACAACAUCAAAUUGGAAUUCUGCCACUUCCAAUAAAAAGUACACCAUUUAAAAGUGCUGAUAAUUUGCUCUUGGUUCUUAUUUACUGCAAAAAGGAGUCAACCUUUUGUCAAGAUCUGCAUGGUUUACCACUCUUAUUAACACAAGAUAACCAACUACGUGUUUUCGACAAACAUAAUCCUGUUUACCUUAGUGGAUUCUGUGAUCUCGUACCUGCCUGCAGCGAGUUGUUUGUUCAUCGCCAGCUAUUCAACCGUAUCUUUUAUCAGGAUAGGAAAGAAAUGGUGUCUUACCUUUUUAAAGUAUUUGACAUAGCAGAAUUUGCAAGACUUCUUCCAAGUGCUCUCAAUGAAGUGCCAUACAGGUCACCUGAUAAGUAUGUCAGCUGGAAUCCAGUAGAGAAAGACACGAAGAUACCUUCUAAACGAUGGAUCUAUCACGUUUGGAGAUUCUUUGAUAGUGUUAUACGACCAGCUGUUGACCAGUACGAUGCACAAACAGAAGAGCAACUUCGUGAAAGCACAAAGGAUGAUCAUUGCACGAAAAUAGAUUUUGAAAAGUCAGAGGGGAAGUCUAGGACACGAGAAAAGAAACGAUUGAUUUUGCAUUUUCUCGAACCAGUUAAACACUGGUGCCUCCUUCCAGUGACUGAAAUUUACCGUGUACAGCGUAGUCACCAGAUGCAACCACACCCAACAUAUUUACAACACAAGCACUUUCUCGCACCAUUGCAAUUGGCAGAAACUGUGCUUUUCCACAGUAGAACAACUCAUUCGCUGAAAGAUUCCAUCGAAUGGAUGUCUCUUCCAGAACUGAAUUGUAGAAUCUUUCAAGGAACUGAGUACUUGACACCCCCAACUAGUUGCCGUGAAAUCCCACUGAUGAUUGUUUCCAAUUUAGAUGAUGGAAGGUUGUUUUUAUCAGUGCUGUUACAUAAGUUAAAAGUCGACUCGUCAUUCUUUCAGAAAUUACGCUCAACGAUUUGCAUGGAUGUUCUGCAUUAUCUAAAUGAUCAUAUCCAAGAUUUUCAGACAGAGGAUGUUGACGAUUUAAAAUCUUUCCCAUUUUACACCACAACCCAUGGCAAUAACAUCAGCAUAAGAAACAAGCAGGCAUUCGUUUUGUCGAAAAGGAUCCCAAGCAACGACAUGGAUAAAUGGGAAGAGAAGUCUGGAAUUGUGUUCCUUAAGGAAUAUGAUAGUUUAAAGAAACUUCACAGCUUCCUUGGAUGCGAUUCAAAGAGUGAAGUUGAUGUCUACUGUGAUAUCAUAUUUGAGAACUUCCAAGAUAUCAGUAAAGAAGCAAGACUGGAACACUUGAAGUUCAUUUCUACUUUACUUGGUGAACUGGAAAAUCCUUGCCCUUUUAAAUUUAAUGGUUUAGACGAGAACGCGAAGAAUCAUCUUAAAGCCGAUUUAAACCAAAACAAGGAGAAGCUUAUGCAAGCCCUUCGCAAUCUUAAAUUCGAUCUCUCUCACGAUGGUUCACUAAAAUUUGCAUGCAACUUUUACGAUCCUUUGGUGGAGGUGUUCCGUUUUAUGUUGCCAGAGGAAUAUUUUCCUGCACAACCUUUUUGUGAAUAUAACUGGUUGACGUUUCUUCGCAAAAUUGGUCUGAUUCACAAAGUAACCGAUGAAAUGUUUGUCAGAUUUGCUGAAGAGGUUGCGUCUGAAGGACAAAGGAAUCCGGUGCAGAGAACAGGAGAAAAAUCAGAAAUCUUGGUCUCAUAUUUGUUUUCAAUAGAAAACAUUGCGACAAGCCCAUUGCUCAAUAAGGUGAAGCACAUUCCGUUCAUACUACGACAAAAGAUUGACGAACAACUAGAGCAAUUACAUCCACCAUUUAGCAGAAGCCAAUACGUCUGCUUUCAAGGCUCGAUGACAGAUUACCACCAUGCUGAAAUAGUCUGGACGAGUGUCAACAUACUUCCUAGAUACGCUAACCCGCGGUCGCUCCAAGAUUGGUCGUUUAUACGAAAUUACGGAAAAAAUUCUAGUUUUAACAGCAUAGGAAACUACAAGCAAGAAAUCAUUAAAAAGCUGGGUAUUCUUGAACGUCCAACCUGCGAGAUGGUUAUAAGCCACUGUGUAAAGAUUUGUACUUCACUUUGUAGAAGUGAGAAUACUAGGCCUGAAAACAAUUCUAAUGGUUGUAGCAAUAGCAAUAUUGCAACUCAUGUCAUGACGCCAAUCUACUCGUUUUUGCAGGAAAACUACCAAGACAAUUCUUAUGUCAUAACAUCUGGGCUCCAUCGCAUUCGCUGCAUUCUGGUGGAGGAUGGAAAUCGUUUAAUUCGUCCCCAACAAGUUGUUGUUGACCUUAUGAGGGAAGAUGAAAUUCCACCAUACCUGUACAAGAUUCCUUCUAGAUUUGCUCCUUAUGGUGACCUUUUUGUGGGCCUUGGAGCAACACAAACAGUAACUGUAACCCAAUACGCAAUGGUUCUUGAUUGUAUCCACAAGCACUGCAAAGACAACAACUUGAAUCCUAAUGAGACAAAUGCAAUCCUAAAAGCCACCAAAGGUCUAUUUUUAACCCUAAGCAAAAAUUGCGGGGUCGAUGGCUCUAGUUUACAGUCCCUAUAUUUACCAGGAACUCGGCAAAAUCCAGUUAGUCCAGAUUUAAACUCGGUGUUUGUGAGGAAAUCUUCUGAGAUUUUCUUCAGUGACGCUCCUCAUUUCAAAGAUCGUCUACGUGGAUUCCAAGGACACAUUCUUGUCAAAUUCAAAGAGUGCGGUCUGAAUGUAGAAAAUGAUGAUCGUUUAGUAAACAUGAUGCCAGAACCACUUCGGCCAAUCAUGCUGACAUCUGAGGUACACGAAGCUCUUGUAGGAGACGACCAACAUGUCGCAUUUUCAAACGCAACUCAAGAUUUGAAAAACACUCUGACGUCACAUGAGUUUUGCUGUGGUUUGAUACGUUUGAUGAGACAUGCUAAUUAUGAACGCGACAUACACACAGAGGAUGAUAUUGUGUCAAGGGUACAGAGACGUCUAAGCUGCAUUAAUGUGUAUAGUGUCAAAAACCUCCGUACCAAACUUACUUACCAAGGUUCCACCAUACCAGAGAGUGAAGCAGAAGUUGCUUGUUUCGAAGAGAGAAAGAAGGAAGGUAAUCGAGAUGUGUGCAACAUCUAUGUCGAGGAGCAAAAAAGUAUCAAGGCAUACCUUUCAAGAGUUGCCGAAAUUGUUGAUAGAGUAACUGGCCACCUACUCGGUAACCAGCUUGUCCAUCUCUCAAUGAUGCUGCAAUGUUCGCUGGACGAAAUAAGCUCAUUUCUAGACCAGCUAAAAAUACGCGAAGACAAUUCGUACUCAAAGACAGAUCCUAGUAUCUUUCCAAAGCCUGGUCAUUUCAUUCAUAUAGAGGAUCACUACCUUUUAGAAAAUGCGUUCACACGUUUUGAACCAGGUGAAUACGUGGGCUACGAACUUGAUGACCCAAGUCUUCGCGGCGAAGAUGGUGCUCCAACGUUCAUCUAUGCUAUCAUUGUGGAACGCAUAUCACAACAGAGGUACAAAAUCAAUAUUGGUUCUGACACCGAACACAUUGAAGUAAAUGCAGACAAACUGUACAAGUUUUAUCGCCGUACACAAGACAAAGACGAGGGAGAGAUUGACCUCUUCACUGGUAAGGAAAGCAUAGAAGUCAAACCAGACAAUCUUGAUGACGCAAAACGACAAGUGAGAAAGACAUUGGAGAACGCCUGGCAACUACCCGAAGAGAGAAAGAGAAGAAUCAUCAGAAGGCUGUACCUGUCAUGGCAUCCAGACAAGAACCCUGGCAAUGAAGAGUUUUGCACUGAGGUUUUUAAAUUUCUUCAAGCAGAAAUUGCAAGAUUGGAGAAUGGUCUCAGCGUAGACGAUACAAGCUGGAGUAGGUAUGGUACCAGCGCCUACGGUGGGUAUUACAGCGAUCUUUUUAGGAAUUGGUCAGGCUUUGCAGAAAGCCACAGAAGACAUAGAAGCUCAUACGACAGUAGGGGAGGUAGACAACCGUUUCAUCGCAAGAAUCCUCAACCCGGAGAGGCAAAAAGAUGGUACAGACAGGCCAGCGCUGAUCUCCAAGCAGCAAGUAAAGAUAUACAUUAUGACAAACCGUCCUAUGAAUGGGCCUGCUUCAARUGUCAUCAGUCCGCAGAAAAAGCCCUCAAAGCUGCACAGUAUUCACAAGACGCAGACCACAGCUGGACACACRACYUACCMGAAAUUGCCAAUAGUGUCGGUGACAGUGAASUGCAACGUUUAGCMUGCUCUCUUGAAGGUCUUCUUGGAAACUCAACACGCAUGCGUUAUCCAGAUAGGGUCUACAGCUAUCCCAAAAUUCCUCACGACAUUUAUAGUAAGGAAGAAGCGGAAGAGGCUUUGGCAACAGCACAACAAAUACUUGUGAUCGUACAAAACAAGUUUGUACAKUAAAGCACUUCAAUACUGGAGGACGAUGUAUCCAGGUAAUCAAGAUUGAAAAGUACAGCGCAGUACACACUUUUUAUUAUGUGUCUGACAUACAGCAUUGCAUUUGGUCAAGACAGACUUACAUUUACGCUGUGUAUKAAUGCUAAAAUGUUCUUUUUAUGAACCAAACCUAAUAGUUUUAGUUUUGAAUUGCCCACAGAAAACUGUCUUGUUUUAGUAUUGAUUUAUAGGUUAUAUCAUAGCAAAAUAACUUUGUAGAGUUCAAUAUUAAUGUUAGGUUUUCUAUCAAGAUUAGUAAUAGAGAGGCAAAAUGAAUUCUGAGCGACAAAUUGUAGACGUUUUUAUAGACUUAUAGUUACAACAAACACAUUCUGUACUUUUUUAGUUUUACAUAAGACAUUACUUAUUCAAGGUUCUAUACGUUGUAGGUAUAAUCAAACAUUUGUACCUUUUAGAUUUGUAGAAAUGCUAAAGACACUGAUACUUGUUAAUAAAGCCCAGGUACAGAACACAGCUCA